GACACUUCCACUAAUAUUUACCCCCACCCAAAUACACACACACACACACAUAUUUGUAUAUUCCUUUGUAUAAAAAUUAUUGAUAAUCCUCAAUUCUGAUCGACCCUCUUUCUCUCUCUCUCUCUCUCUGUGCGAAUAGCCAUGAGUCUCUUUGGUCUUGGCAGGAACCAGAGGACGUUCCGGCCUAAAAAAAGUGCUCCUUCAGGCAGUAAGGGGGCGCAGCUAAGAAAACAUAUAGAUGCCACUUUAGGUAGUGGGAACUUGAGAGAAGCUGUAAGGUUACCCCCAGGGGAAGAUAUAAAUGAAUGGCUGGCCGUCAACACUGUAGAUUUCUUCAACCAGGUGAAUCUGCUUUAUGGCACCCUCACGGAGUUCUGUACGCCCGAGAACUGCCCUACAAUGUCUGCUGGCCCUAAGUAUGAGUACAGAUGGGCCGAUGGUGUACAAAUUAAGAAACCUAUUGAAGUUUCAGCUCCUAAAUAUGUCGAGUAUUUGAUGGACUGGAUUGAAACACAGCUGGACGACGAGUCCAUAUUUCCUCAAAGACUAGGCGCGCCAUUUCCUUCAAAUUUCAGGGAUGUUGUGAAGACCAUAUUCAAACGUCUGUUCCGCGUAUACGCACAUAUAUAUCACUCUCAUUUUCAGAAGAUUGUGAGUCUUAAGGAGGAAGCCCAUCUAAAUACCUGCUUCAAGCAUUUUAUACUGUUCACCUGUGAAUUUACACUCAUUGACAAGAAGGAACUUGCUCCACUUCAAGAGCUUAUUGAAUCCAUUGUCCCUUAUUAAACACUUUUCCCGCUCGCAUAUUCGAACUGACCACGUGUAGAGAUAAAUAAACUGUUUGUUUUACUGUCCCAGUAACGACGUUUGUAUUAUUGACCCUUUGUAGCAACAGUAUCAUCGUAAUAUCUUAUUGUCAGAUUUCAGUAGCCGCUGUUCUUUUGUGGUGACCCAUGAAACCUUGUUGUUCACACUUCAUUAAGUGUCAAGAAACUUUCGUAUGUAUACUAUUCUUACAUAGGCGAAGUGAUGAGAUUGAAGAGUCUGCAACUGUGUCUGAACACUGGCAAAGAUGAUAAAGCAGCAGGGGGUCGUUGUUUUCUGAAUCAAUCACAUGGCGCGUGAUGAGUUUGAGGAUUGAGAGGUGCAUGUGUUGCGUUGGAUUGUAUUGGCUUCAUUUCUGACAAUAUUCACGCAAAUUAUCCAAGAUGUUGUUCUCUGCAUGUAAUGUUCUUUACAAAGUAGAGAAGAUUUUCAGCACUGUUUUUGCUUUAUUAUCUGUAUUCAGUUUCCGGAUUCCUGUCUUUGUGCUUGGAUCUGUCGGAAAAAUUGUCAAGAAUAGGUUGCAAUUCAUUACAUGAAAUUUGCUGGAAAUGGUCAAACAAUUGAAUACA